UGACCUCCUGUGUUUUAUUUUUAUUCGCAUUUAUAUGCUUCUUCUCUCCCGCCUACACAGACGUGCUAUAAAAUCUCCUGGAGGGGGAACGAGCCAUAGACAGCGAGAUGGGUCGAGAUGUUAAGAAGGAAGAGAAAGCUGUGGCAUCAAACCCAGAUGUGGAAGAGAGAAAGAGGUUGAAGAAAUUGGCGUUUUCCAAAACCAUUUUGUCUGAACAUCCAUCAAGAGUUGGGCCAUCAAGUGCUCUUGCCCCGUCGAAAAUCGUGACCAAACAUCACGGCACCGAUAUACUAAAAAAAUCUCAGCGCAAGAACAGAUUUCUCUUCUCGUUUCCGGGCCUUCUUGGCCUGAUUUCCGGUGGGAAAAUCGGCGAGCUUAAAGACCUUGGCACGCGAAACCCUAUUCUGUAUCUUGAUUUUCCCCAGGGUCAAUUGAAGCUUUUUGGGACCAUUUUCUAUCCGAAAAAUAGGUAUUUGACUCUGCAGUUUUCCAGAGGUGGGAAGAGUGUGAUGUGUGAGGAUUACUUCGACAAUAUGAUAGUAUUUUCUGAUGCAUGGUGGAUUGGAAAGAAAGAUGAGAAUCCAGAAGAAUUAUGUCUGGAAUUUCCGAAGGAUCUGAAUUUGGAACAACAUGCAGAAUAUGAUUUCAAGGGUGGUGCAGGUGCACCUUGUGAUGGAAGACGAGGUUUUAUAAAAUCUGCAAUGAAAUGUGUGGAACAAGAUUCGCCUCAAGAUUCACUGGAGGAUGAUUUAACUGAUAGUCAAAAUAAUGUGAAAGAAUCAAUUGAAGUAACUCCUACUCGGCAUUCGGCUAGGACUGCAGGGAAAACUUUCAAUCUGGGCAGGUUUGCAGAAACAUCGUCUGGGGAUGAUUUUGUUGGAACAGAUGCUGAAACCUUUGAAGAAGAGGAUGAGGAAGUUGAUGUCAUAGAGAAAAAAGGAAAUUGUACCUCUAUAAAAACUGAACAUAGCUGCCCUGUAGUCUUCGACAUUGACAAUGUGGAUGCCACAGAGCCCAUUCCAGCUUCAGAUCAUGUUAAGCGAACUGCCAAAUCUAAAGAUCUCUCUCAUAACAACCACGUUUCUCUUGUUCAAACAUCUGUGUCUACAUUGUUUAAGAACUUGGAGGAGAAGAAGGCAAAUAAGGAUGUGAAACAGAAGAAGGAUAAUGUCAAGGUUUCCAAGUUCUUGAAACGGGGGAAGAAAAUUGAGGAAAGAGAUGCUGGAACAGAAACUAUGGCACUGAAGAAACAACCUGAGAGUACUAGCUCUAUUGAAGUCUACCAAAGGAAGUCCGAAAGCAAAACCCAGGGUGCAUCAUCCUCAAGGAAAAGGAGAGCUGACCCAGUUCCUGCCUCAAAUUUGUCUGAUCCUAGCAGUUCCCCUCGGGUCGAAGAUGAUGACAUAGAAGAGUUCUCUAGCACAUCUCAGGAUAUGAAUGCAAGUGAUGGAGAUUGGACUGCUUGAGACUGUAAUGCUUCUACAACAGUGAGAUUGAUGCUAGAACAUUUUUUAUUGAAAUAUAUAACACUGGCAUUUCUUAGUUUGGCUCCUGAGGUGAUAUGUUACUGUGUAAGCAGAAAAUCUUUCGUGUGCUUGAUUGUUUAACGUCUUCAUUUUUCAUUAUAUUCAUUACCAUUGUAACUGAGAUUCAUUAGUUUGUCCAGUUGGUUUUAAGUUUAUCAGUAAAACUGCUGGAUUGAAGACAUUGGGUUUGGGGAGGGGGUAGUGAAUAUAAUCAAUUAUACA